AUGCCUGGAGGACGAGUACUUUGUACCUCGCUGUUCCUUCCGUAUACUAUCGACUUUGAACUUGCAAGGGAUAAACGGUCGCGUUAUCUCACAACGACAACACCCACCAGCACAACAUCCCCGACAUUGCCCACCGAAGCACCUGCAUCCAAUGUCCUUCGUGAACCAAAUGCUCCAUUGAACCACCACCACCACCACCAACACAAUGAACCACCACCCAACUUGAUUGCCAGCUUGAAACAAAAGCAACGCCAUGAGACCAAUGACAACAACAACAACAACGCGUUGUCGUCGUCGUCUGCCACCACGCCGCUAACCAAAAGCAGCAGUAUUCCAAGCGACGAUACAAGGGCCAUGUUCGAUUUUAAGAAGCCUGAAAAGUUGGUACAACCCAAGAGUAAAGCUCAGCGAGAAAAGGAUAUGAAACGACCUUCACCACUCAUGGUUCAACCUGUUGCACCCUCGCAUCAUCAUCAUCAUCGAGAACAAUCCUUGGAUAGUGCCACUUUGUUUGAUGAAGCGCCUUGGACCGUGAAACCUUGUAUCGCUGGCAACAUUGGAUUACACAAUGCAUUGGUAUCAGUACAAGGCAAGGAGGGAGAUGUUUUGCAAGAUCGUAAAUGCAUGUGGAUUGGUACCCUCGGCAUGUCCACCGAUCAAUUGUCCAACCAGACACGGGGUGAUAUUCGAUCCAAGAUGAUUCUCGAGUAUGAUGCGUAUACCGUGAUGCCCUCCGAUACCGAGUUUGAAGGCCACUAUGAUCGAUAUUGUAAGCAGGUGCUAUGGCCGUAUUUUCAUUACGUGGUGCAAGAUGAUUUGCAAAAUAUGAUGUACCAGAAUGAUGCAUGGAUGGCGUAUAAAUCGCUCAAUCAACGAUUUGCUGAUGUGAUUGUGGAGAAUUAUCAAGAGGGGGAUAUAAUCUGGAUCAACGACUACCAUCUUAUGCUAUUGCCCGGAUUGGUCCGUGAAAAGUUACCACACGCUGUCAUUGGCUUCUUUUUACAUAUUCCGUUUCCAAGUUCCGAACUAUUCCGCUGUCUUCCCACACGCAAGGAGCUAUUGAGUGGCAUGUUGGAAGCGGAUCUCGUUGGAUUUCAGACCUAUUCCUUUGCAAGGCAUUUUUUACAAACAUGCUCUCGCAUCUUAUCACUGGACACCACGCCAUCAGGCAUUCAGAUGGAUUCGCAUUAUGUAUCGAUUGGUAUCUUCCCUAUCGGCAUUGAUAUUGACACGCUAAACAAAAAAAGAUCAGCACCCGAAGUACAGCGAUCCGUUGAGAUGUUGCAGGAAAAAUAUGCAGGCAAAAAGUUGAUCGUGGCACGUGACAAGCUUGACUAUAUCAAAGGCGUGCGACAAAAGCUACUUGCGUUCGAGCAAUUUUUGAUCCGACAUCCUGAAUGGCGAGAAAAGGUUGUCCUUAUCCAGAUUGCUUUAUCCACAGCCGAAAAGAAUGAAUUAAGGGCUCAUAUAUCGGAUGUGGUCUCUCGAGUGAAUUCCAAAUUCAGCACCAUUUCCUAUCAACCCAUUGUAUUUCUUCAUCAAGACAUCUCCUUCUCGCAAUAUCUCGCUCUUCUCACUGCAGCCGAUACCUCCCUCAUCACACCAUUACGUGACGGUAUGAAUCUCACGUCUCACGAAUACAUUGUCUGUCAAGAAAAUAACCAUGGUCCACUCAUCUUGAGUGAGUUCACUGGCACUUAUGGCAGCUUUGGAGCAUGUUUACGAGUGAACCCGUGGGAUUAUCGUCAAGUGGGUGACGCCAUUCAUGAAGCACUCUCCAUGGGUGAAGAGGAAAAGGCUGGUCGAUGGAAGGAAUUAUACAAAAGCAUUGUCACCAAUUCAGCACAACACUAUGCCAGUAGCAUUAUCAAUGAAUUGAUCAAGAUCCGCAACGGCGAAUUACAUCGUAUUCCAGCACAGAUACCUCCUUUGGAUGUUGAUCAUGUGAAAGAAUUGUUCCAAUCCAGCAAGAAUGGCUUGCUCUUGUUCGAUUACGGUGGAACGUUGGUGCCACAUGGCAAAACAGCUGGACCUGGUGAUCUAGAUCGGAUAUCGGAUAUUCUUUCCAAACUCACACAAAAGAGUGCCGUCUAUGUGAUAUCAGGGAGGACACAGCCUAUCAUUGAGAGGGACCUGGGCCAUAUACCCAAACUUGGAUUAUGUGCUGAAAAUGGUUUCCAUAUACGACCUCGUGGUGAAUCAUGGCAACGUAUGCGAAGCGAUGUCGAUAUCUCUUGGAUGUCUGCUGUCAAGCAGAUCUUCCAAUAUUACACUGAAAGGACCCCAGGUUCAUAUAUUGAAACGAAGGAUAUCUCCAUUGUAUGGCAUUAUCGAAGCACUACAGCAGGGCAAGAUGCUCAAUUUGCUGGAUGGCAAGCUGCUGAAUGUCAAAAUCAUAUUGCAGAUUCAGUCAACAAAAACUUUGCUGUACAUUCUGUCACUGGAAAAACCAACAUUGAGGUGAUGCCACAUGACAUUAACAAGACAGCCAUUGCCAAUCGAAUCCUUCAAGACAUCAAGCCCGAUUUUGUACUUGCCAUUGGGGAUGAUCGGAUGGAUGAAGAUAUGUUUGCAUUUCUCAACAAGCAAAAGAUACCACAUGUCAUUACCUGCACUGUUGGGCCUCGUAGCACUGAGGCAAAGCAUUUUGUGCCCAAUGUUGAAGGGGUUUUAACCACGCUCGAGACUCUCUUGUCAUGA